AAUAAUAAUAAUAAUAAUAAUACAGGGUUGGGGGUUUGAUUCCCACCUCUGCCCUGCAUGUGCAGCGUCUACAUGUUCUCCCCAUGCUCCAGGUACACCGGUUUCCUCCCCAGUCCAAAGACAUGCAUGGUAGACUGAUUGGCAUGUCCGUAGUGUAUGAAUGGGUGUGUGAAUGUGAUUGUGCCCUGCUUGUGCCCGAUACUCCCUGGGAUAGCCUCCAGGUUCCCCGUGACCCUGAAGGAUAAGCAGUAUAGAAGAUUUAUGGAUGAAUCAUCCUAAUGUAUCUUGUGGAAGCUUCUGGAAUAAAAAGCUGUAUGACCCCAAUCAAUAGCUAUAAUAUUAUUGUAAAUAUUUAAAUAAAGAGUUUAAAUAAGGAUUCUGUGUACUGGGGAGGUCUGUGGUAUUUAUUCAUUCUAGGGGGUCACAAAAUUUUGAGAAUCAGUGCAACAGAAAAUAAGUAAACUAAAACAAGGAAGCACAAACGCAUAAAAGUAAGCACAAAAAUAUUCGUUAGCGCCUAGAGUUUAACACAGAGCUCAGGAAAGACUCUGAACCCCGAAAUCCCAAAUUGUAAACAUCCGUAAUGACCAGUUUCAUUUUAGUCACACGCUUUCUUUUAGACCCUCGUUACUUUCCGUAGUCUCGGUUGCGUAGCAAUGCUUGUAAACCAAACAAGUAGAAGUUUUGGAAACGGAACGGCUGAUUAUUUGAGAAAUGGCCGUGCCUUUCUCGAACACCGCCCUGAGAGUUCCUCGUGGGUUUGGGAACAUUCUAGAGGGACUCGCCAGAGAGGUACUGAGAGAUCAACCUGAAGACAUCCCCACCUUCGCUGCACAAUACUUUACAGCACUUCUCCAGAAAAGAGAGGAAGGUGGCCUUGAUCCAGCUAAAUGGGGUGGACUGAUCGAGCACAGGAUCUCCAACAAUGAUUCCUUCAGCGAUGCAGUAAACCAGGAAAUGUGCAGUCCAGACGAAGAAACUGGAAGCUCUGUAAAUGAAGAAAGAGAUUUUCAAUCUGAUUUGUAUGAAAAUAAUGAAGACAAAAUUACCCAGUCAAGUCAGAACUCCUCCCCUUCACCUGAGACCCUUGAUGCCCCUAAAGACAUUGUAGAGUGGGAACCACAGGCAAACAAUGAGCUAAAUAAAUCAGAGGACGAAUCAGGAGAGUCUGAUUCUGAACUUCAUCCGGAGUUAAAUUCAUACAGAGGAACUGCAGAUGUUGGCAUAUGCGCUGAAGAACUGAAUAAAAUGGAAAAGGUUGAAAAGCAAAUGCUACAAAAUGUGCCGGAGCAUGCCAGUGUCGAUGACGAAAAUGAGACAGCAGAAAAAGAGCUCGAUCCUGUAACCCUGUCAUCAUAUCGUGGUCUCGCAGAUGUAGAUGUGUGCUCUGAAGAACUGCAGUCUACUUUGCAGGAAGAGGAGCACACUGAGGGCAGCGGAGACGUGACUGGAGCUGAUGCAGGUUUUAUUCCACCUUCAGAAAGCCCAGACCCUGUCCUAGUUGAGCAAGAUGUCCUAGAUUCCCAUGAUGAAUUCACUCUGACUGGUACUGAGACAUCAGUAUAUGUUGAACAGGAUGUUGAUAAAGAAUUAAAUGACAUUUCUUGUAAUGAAAAAACAAUUGCAUCCCCUGUUAAAGAGGACGAAAUUGAUGAAACUGGUCAUCUUUCUGAAGAUGUCAGAGAAAUGACUAAUACUUUAUUUGAUGAUGCUGGGCCAGAAAUUCAUCAUGUUGAGCAGCUACAUUUAAACGAAGGAGCAGAAAGUAUCAGUGUGUCAGAAGAGGCACAAACUUUUGAUGAAACAAAUACAGAUGAAAUACCAUUGGGGGUUGAAAACCAGCAAGCAAGUGACAUUUUGGCAGCUGAAGCUAUGAGUGAAUCAUCGUUCAUUCUGGAAAAAGACAGUCUAACAGACAGGAGAAACAAAGAUAAGCCAGAAAUUGAGGAUUUUGUGAAUGUAGCAUCUGAACUUCAGGAGGAACAUAAUGAUUUUGAAAGUGUCAGUGAUAUCAUUGCUGCCACUGAUGAAAGAGAUUCUCAGACUGAUAUUCAGGAAGAUGAGACAAAUGAUGAUAAACAGACUGACCCCAAAGAUAUAUUUGAAACGAUUCCUGUGGAGAAUAUGGAAGGCCUGGUGGACAAUCCCACUGGCUUUUCAGAUGAGGACGUGAACAAGGAUGGCACUAGAACAUCUCAAAAUGUAGAUGAAGUUGAGGAUACCAGUGACAUUGAUGAAGGAAGUAAUGGUGUGAAUGCACCUGACACACUGGAAGACAAUUUGUUUUACAGUACAUUUACUCAUGAAUCUAAAGCAACGCUUCCUGUUCCUACAUCUGAGGAAACUGAGCAGGACAUGGAGGUCAACUAUAAACAAUCUGCUACAGAUUCACAAGAGCACCCAGUGGAAACGGAAACAGCUACAGAUUAUGAAGAGUCUGAACAUCAAGAGGAUGUGGUCUAUGAGCCCAUACUUGAAAGUGAGAACAAGGAGGUGGACCAACAGCUCGAGAAUAAUAAGCAGAGCUGGGUGAGAGGCGCGCGCGCUCCAAUCUCUCUGGCAUCACCUUUCUCGUCUAUUAGUCCAGAAAAGAACAUAUUUAUCAGCAUGGACUGCCACUGCGAGGAGAGCAGCCAGCCUCAGGAAGAAGAGGACAUCAUGGACAUCCCCCUGGAUGACCCAGAGGCCAACAAGGCAGCUGCCAAGAUCCAGGCAGGUUUCCGUGGCCACAUGACCCGGAAGAAGUUGAAACCCGGUGAUAAACCCGGGGAGGAGGUGAGCAGCACUGGUGAGACGCUCAACGGCAGCCAGGGGGACGCAGCAGGGGGAUCAGAAGGAGUAGAGACAGAUGAGACAUCCGUGCCAGAGCAGUGAGGAUUCUUCUCUCUGGGGACAGCAGUUCCUGGAGACCUUUUUAUGUAGAGACAAGCCGUAAAUGUAUGUUGGAUCUCUCAUCUGAAAUAUGAUCGCACAUUCUUUAUAAUUCAGUCUCUCUCCCUCUCUCUCUCUCUCUCUCUCUCUCUCUCUAUCUAUUUUUCUUUUUCUUUCUCUUUUUUUUUCUGCUUCUUAUCCAGUCUAAGGGGAAUAACUGUCCCAAACCAGCAUGCAUUUGCAUCUCACUGGGCAUGAACUUGGUGCACUUGUACUCUUCCUGAUUGUGUGCUAGUCCAAAUGUUGGUGUGAAAGCGACAAGGAAUGCCCAUAAGGGUUUUAAUAUGUACUGCUCGACUCUGAUAUAUUUUAGACUUGAAAUUAUGUAUCACAGCUGUUUUUUGUAUUUUCAAUUUGCUUGAAAGUUUGCCUCAUAGUGGUGGUUAUUAUGUAGUAUACAUUAUGUUUAAGUACUUUAAUCUUUCAUUUGUGUGUGUGUGUGUGUGUGUGUGUGUGUGUGUGUGUGUGUGUGUGUAUAAUUUAUUGAAUGCUAUUCUAUGUUUAUUGCUCUUAUGAAUCUGCUUUAACUUAUGACAAUGUGUUAAAUGUUUGCUUUGCUCCCUUUAAUAUUUAUCCUCUCAGUCUGUAGAAUCAGAAAAAAAAAUCAGAGCUUCCAACUCAGCAUUUAGCAUGGCUGGCCUUCUGUUCUUUCUUCAUUUUUUUUUUAAUAAUCAAAGUUGCUGUAUUUCAAGGAAUUUAAGAAUUUUGAUUUGACUAGGAAUGUAUGUUUUAUUAAUGGUUAUAAAGAUCACCUUGCAUGUACACAAUGGAAUGACGCAUCAGCAGUAAACUGAAUAAAAAGCUCUGAAAAUGUA